AUGGAAGGAUGUGUCCAAAGAAAGGUCAAGAGCAUUAUGAACAUGAAUGAUAGUCGUUCAAAGUAUUUGAAAAAGAAAAGGAACUUUCAGCGGAAGAGCACAUAUCAAGAAAAUGUGUUGUUUAGGAAGAAAGAAAGGGAAAGGAGUAUUAGGACAUAUGUGGAAAAUGUGUUUUAUCGGGAGAAGGCAAAGCAAAGGAGUUCACAGUCAUAUAGAGAAAAUGUGAUGCAUCGAGAGAAAGUGAACAAAAGGUGUUUAGGUAGGUAUCAAGAAAAUGAGGCAUUUAGGAAGGAACAUAAGGCAAGGAGUAUCAGGAAAUAUUGUGACAGCAUCCUGUAUAGGGAGCAAGUAAAAAAGAGGACUCGUCAUAACUAUGCUGUGAAUUUGUUGCAUAGGGACGUCUCCCUAUGCAACAAAUUCAAAGUCAAGCAAAGGAGUAUUUGUAAAUAUGCUGUGAAUUUGUUGCAUAGAGAGACAGUCAAGCAAAGGAGUACACUCCGAUAUCGGUUAAAUGAGGUACCCAGGCAGAAUGUAAAAGCCAUGAGUCAUAGGAAAUAUGGAAAUCCUGAGCAUAAGAAGCAUGUUAUAGCAGCUAGCACACAGAGGAAGAAAGAAAUGAAGGAAAAGUUACAGCAAUUUGAUUUUGUCAUGAAGCAGUUCUCAGAGAAGGUCAAAGAUGGUCCAGAUUUUGUGUGUUGCGUUUGUCAAAGGUUGUUGUUCCGACACCAGGUUUUACAGUGCAAGAGAGAGAAUUAUAUGAACAGAAAAGACGUUGCUGCAGUUGCAGAUGUUUGUAUUAGUGAGGUUUAUCUCCACAAAUGUAACAAUUGUGUAAAUCCUUGUCAGUGGUUGAAUACAGCUAGAGAUAAGCUGUGGAUUUGUUUUAGUUGUAAUGACAAGGUCAGUAGAGGUGAAAUGCCAGCUGAGUGUGCAGUCAACAAAAUGGGCCUUGAUCCUAUUCCCCCAGAAUUGGCAUGUUUAAAUAACCUUGAACAGCAUUUAAUUGGAUUACAUAUUCCAUUUCUGAAAAUGUUAGCAUUACCCAAAGGUGGGCAAAAUGGAGUACAUGGACCAGUGACGUGUUCCAGCAAAUAUUGUGCAAACCAACAAUUUGCUGCCCCGUUCUAA